AUGGGAUCAAUGGCCCUUGGCGAACCAUUACAUUCGACAUUCCCAAAUUGGUCUUAUAGAAGCCAAUUUCUCUCUCAGCAAAUGCCCCAACCACAGUAUCAGUCGCGAGAAUAUCAGCCCCUUGCCGCACAUCAACAUCAUCACCAUCGCCUUCCCAUUCAAACCCGACAUGAAAGUCUGCCCCCUCUGCUUCAUUCGAGCCCGCCUGGAAUACUGCCUGGGACAAGCGUGGUGGGCCAGGAAGGCAUGCCAGAACCGGCGUCACGGCCCAGAGGGCCCAAGUUGAAGUUUACUGCCCAGGAAGAUCAGAUGCUGGUAGAGCUGAAGGAGAAUAAAAACCUUACCUGGAAGCAGAUAGCAGAUUUCUUUCCCGGCCGGACCAGUGGCACGUUACAGGUUCGGUAUUGUACGAAGCUCAAAGCGAAAACUGUCAUCUGGACAGAAGAUACUGUACAGAGACUACGCAGGGCCAUGGAGGAAUACGAGAAUGACAAAUGGCGACUGAUUGCAGCCAAGGUUGGCAGCGGUUUCUCACCCACGGCCUGUCAAGAAAAGGCCGAGGAGAUGGAGAUUCAAGAGGAGUACGAAGACACAUCCAGUCCUGAAUCACAGACUGCGGGUUCUGCCCCUAUGCAACCUUACAGUGCAAGCAUGUUCUCUUCACCAGCCAUCUCUACUACUGCGGAAUCUUACAGCACAAUGAGCUCGAGAGCAGAAUCACAACCAGCAAUCUCUGCUCCCAUGUACAGCUUCACCACUAUGGGUUCAUGA